GCAGCCAUUAGACAACUAUUUUGUUCUUAUCUCUUAGCCAAUCGCGGCAAGAAAAACAUGAAGAAAAAGCAAAGGAAGUACUUUGAGUCUUUGCAAGGCGGUUAUGGUUUCUUUCCGGUUUAGGUGGUGGCAAUAACGUAGCCAAGAUGAAACAGAUCAUCGGUAAACAGGAGGUGAAGAUCCCCGAGGGGAUCAAGGUGUCUGUCAACAAACGUGUUGUUACCGUCACCGGCCCCCGUGGUGUCCUCAAGAGGUCGUUCAAACAUCUUGCCCUCACCAUGUACAUGACGAAAGGCAAAGAGCGCAAACUUCGCGUUGAGAAGUGGUUUGGCAGCAAGAAGGAACUUGCAGCCGUGAGAACCGUCUGCUCUCACAUUGAGAACUUGAUAAAGGGAGUCACCAAGGGUUUCCUGUACAAAAUGCGUGCAGUAUAUGCUCACUUCCCCAUUAACUGUGUCACCUCCGAAAACAACACUGUCUUGGAAGUACGAAACUUCUUGGGUGAGAAGUACAUCCGUAGAGUUCAGAUGGCCAAGGGAGUUACCGUUGUUAACUCCACGAAACAAAAGGACGAGCUUAUCAUCGAGGGAAACAACCUUGAGGAUGUUUCAAAAUCAGCUGCCCUUAUCCAACAGUCCACAACCGUCAAGAACAAGGAUAUCCGAAAGUUUUUGGAUGGUCUUUAUGUGUCUGAGAAAACAACUGUUGUCCAAGAUGAAUAAACAUGGUGAUACUUGAAUUCUCA